AUGCAUAUAUGUAUAUGUAUAUUUAUAAAAGAACCAAUACUACAAUCUGAUCAACGUGUAGUUAUGGAAGCUGAAUCAGCUAGAUCACAAGAAAAUGAAGAAAUAAAAGAUGAGGAAAAUAUGUUAAAUACACCGAAAGUAAAUGAUGAAGAAAAUAUACAAUCGGAGAGGCAACAAUUUACAAACUCUGAUGAUAAAAUACAACAUGAAGAAAAUGAAUUAACUGAAAUCACUACUGAUACAAUGCCAAUAGGAGAAAGUGUAGAAAAAAAUGAAACAAGUACUUCUAGUUCAUCAGGUAAGAAAUAA